AUGGCUCACAGAAUAUCCUAUUUCCAGGCGUUGCUACACACCAUCUCCUUCCUGGUUACUUGGCCAUCUAGCGUGCGUACAAGUACGCUGCCGAGCUCAGUGUCGACCACGCCACUGCCGACGCUGUUGCCACGUACCGGCUCCGUCUGGAUCUCGUUGCCAUCAGGUAUGACACCAGUUUCAUUCCCAACUUCAUCAACGGCCGUCAAGUCCACAGCUUCUACGGCGGACGCAUUGCCAGCGUCCAAUUCACCGUCGCCCCCCAUGUCGGAAACCAUCCCCGCCGCGACGGGUAGCAUCUCGACAUGGAAAGUAAUCCUUGCCGUCCUGUUGCCACUAUUUGCCUUCGCGGUUGCUGCUGCUGUCUUCUUCUACUUCCGUCACCGCCACCACAAACGUAACCAAAAGGAACAGGCGGAGGAGAUUGGAACCAUGAUGCAGGAUCUGCGGAACAACAACAUGAAUCUUCAGGGAAUGACGAAAGUGCUGGAAGAUGACAUCCAACGCGUCAAGGGAAUGGAGUUGGAGUUGAGAACGCGCGAGACGAAUUUGGUCCAAAGACAUGCGGACUGGAAUGGAUACAACACCAAGUCCAACAACUAUGCUCUUGCGCCCCCUGGUCCGUGGCUUGCAAAUUCGCAUGCAACCCCACCGACUCCGACUCCUGCUUCUGGUAAUCGAAGCAACAAUCCAGCUGGCGCUCAAUCUCUUUCCGGAAGCACCCUUCAAGGCACUCUACCUCACGCUGCUCUUGGUCUUGAGUAUCUUCAUCGCUUGAACUCUGGCACCGCCUCGGAUUCAACUGCAUCCCAUGGCUCGUGCGGAUCAUCUGGAGAGGUUCAGGUCUACAAACCUCCCAGCACCAUCCCGGAGGAGUCUCCCGGCUGCGCAUCAUCGCCUUUCGACUCUCCUUUGCCUAAGCAAAACGUCCCCACGCACGUCAAUGAGGCUGACCACGAACGUCUCUUCGGAAGGGAGAAAGACUACAGGCCCGCUAUACAUAGCUCUAUAUUUGCGGCUCCUAUCGGAUUCUCACCUCUCCGUAGCAACCCCACACAUCCUGACUUGGUGCCUCCCCCUCUCGCUGUUGUGAAGCGCAACUCCAUCCGCGACUCAAGUAACACCCUGGGCAACAACCUCGCGGAUGGCGUAGACAAGAAGGCCCUGCGAAGAUCUAUUAGCAACCCUCCCGUCGUCAAAAGUUGUCUCAACAACGAUGUCGCCUCUGUGACCCCUCCCGCUGAAGGCAAUGCACAAAUGGCAUCAACCGACCAGCAGACCACCCGUGAGUCCCCGUCUCCUACCCGAUCCCCCCACACCCCCGUCGGCCUUCCGAAGGAAUCCAACUCGGUUCACGGAAACCAAGCCGUCCGACUCUCCACUUCCACUUCCGCGAACGAUCCGUUUUCCACGCCGUCGUUCCUCCCCCAAUACCCGCGUGCCCAGACCAUUCUUUAUGUCCGAGAUGGCGUGGCGAACAACCUACUAACCACCUUUUAUGUCCUUUUAGCCCUCGGCAUUCUGACGCCUCCUCCUACUGUCGUCGGUGCCGCAGCCUAUCAUCUCCGCGAACGACCCGAUGGAGGGAACGCCAAUCGCAAGUCUUAUCCCUUCCCGACUAUCUCUUCAUCCAAUUCCAUCGCGCCAAUAUCGAUAUUCGCCGACCCGCCCAGCCCUACAGUCGAUAUACCCAACGCCAGGAAGACCAUCAUCCGCCCUCUGCCCCAGAAACCCAGCAUCCGCAUCAUCUCUCCAACAACUCUGAUGCCCCCACCUUCUCGCUCACCACCGAAAAGAAUACCCCCUCCCCCACCCGACGCAAAAUAUAAGAGCAAGGUCCACUCGCCCCAGCGCCCGCGCUCUCGCAUUCCGAUGCAUGUCGAUACUACGCUCAACCCGUUCACUCUCGAUGACUUCCAGCAGCGACAGCAGCAGCAGCAAAAGCUGGUGCCUAGUUACCCGAGUAGCCAGUGUCUUCCGCGUGUGGGCACGGGUGAAACGGUCAUUAGUACCAUGUACAGCCAGGAUGAUGAUAUUGAUGCAUAUAAGGAGAACAAGCAGUCGUGCGGGAGAGCGAACUUUUUCAAUGAAAUGAGUGCUACGCUUAGGGCUAUGGAGGAGGAGGAGAACUUGUGA